AAUUCCCCCGGCCUCAUACCCGUCGCCAAGAUGAGCAUCUCACGGCCUACAGCUCGUUGCCUUUUCUGCUCGUUUUCGCGACCAGCGACGACGCCGGUGCUAUCUCGCCUGCCCCGACGCCAAUUCCACCCAUCUCCCGCUCAAUCCAAAAACGACGAGAAAAAGCCCGAAAUCCCAGAACCGACGCCCUCAACCUCAACUUCAACUUCAGCCUCAGAAGGAAAGACAUGGCACGACCUUAAAUCGUCCCACUUCAAAUCAUACACGGAAUUAGAGAAAUCGCGCUUUUACGAGGAGUACUCCAGCAAGCAAAUCGCGGCCAUCGAAGCCGGUGAAAAGAGCAUCGACCCAGAAGACCUCGCCAAACAAUUCCAACAGCGCGACGACCCCUGGGCCAUGCAAUAUCUCGAUGACUUCUCGACCAUCGAGCCCGUGAUUGAUCAUCACAAGCGCGCCCCAGUUACGAAUUACGACCCCAAUUCCCGUCUAAAGACCGAAGAUGAAAUCGUCGACGACCUUGCCGAGUAUAUAAUGAAUAUGCCGGACGACGCAACAACCGCCGACUGGCUCCGAUUCACGGACAACAUGCGUCUAACGGUGGGUAAAGCCGAAGCCGAGCUCGACCCCCACAGCUCUCUCGUGCCCGACCUCUUUGAACCCGGCGAGAACCUGGAAAAUAUCGGCGAACAUCAAAGAAAAGACUUGAAGAAAGCCGCGGCCGGAGAAGGAGGCGAAAUCGCUCCUGCAUUGCGGCAACUGAUGCAGGUCACCGGCUACUCUCAGCAACAGAUCAAGGGGCUGAGGGUCAAAGCCCUGGUGACGCACAGCGUCGUCAACCAAACUCGUUUGGGGAAAAUCCGCAAGACCUACGUUCUCUCUGUGGCGGGAAAUGGAAAGGGCUUGCUGGGUAUCGGAGAAGGAAAAUCAGAAGAACCCACCGAAGCGCGUGUCCAAUCCCAAUACCGUGCAAUCCGCAAUAUGCAGCCUAUCCUACGAUAUGAAGAUCGAACCAUCUUCGGAGACGUCAAGGGAAAAGUCGGCGCCGUUGAAUUGCAACUCAUGCAUAGACCCCCAGGCUUCGGUCUCCGUUGCCAACAAUACAUCUGGGAAAUGUGCCGCGCAGCAGGUAUUCACGACCUCGCUGCCCGAGUCACCCGCUCCCGGAACCCCAUGAACACCGUCAAAGCCGCUUACCAAGCUCUCCUGAGCCAGAAGCACCCAGAGGACAUUGCCCGCGCGCGAGGCAAGAAAUUAGUCGACGUGAGAAAGGUCUAUUACGCCGGAAACGUAUAGUUAAUUGCACGGAUUUCUUCGGGUCAGUGGCGGGGGGAAAGUUGUACCAUCGUCUAGUGGAGAUAUCUCUUACUGAAGAAGGGGAUGAAAGGAUUUGUUUAACUACUAUACACAGUUCUAGCGAGCUACAAGUCCCCAAAAGUGAUAUCCCGUGAGGUUGUACUUGUACUAUACACGGAGGAGGGAUUCUUUCCAUGUAUACAUACACAUCAUUCUGGAUAGAAUCGUCUUUUUUACUUUUUUCUAUUCGAUUUCCGUUGGCAGCAAAUGAGAGCAGAUAAAAUGUAUUUUUAGUCUAACUUAGGCA